AAAAGAAAAUGGUCCACAUAUCUAAAUUGCAACAUUGAAUGAUUGAAAAGGGUUAUUGCUGGCGUCAAUAGGAUUUCAGUUCCUAACAAUCUACCCAACGCUGUUGUCCUUUUUGACAAGUAAACCAGAAGACUUAUUAAGCAUGAGAAUAAUACAACUGGGCUGCCAAGAUGGUAGGCUGGCGACUAAUUCAAAGGCAAUUACAACACUACUACAGGCAACCCACAGAUUCAUAAGGGCUCAGCACUUAACAGGCGUAUUUUGCCUUCGUCCAAUCUAAACAUGUUCAGCUUCAAAGUCCUCUUGCUCAUUUUGGCUUGCCUUUGGAUAUCUGACGCUGCAACAGACACGCUCAGCCUAGGUGAUAAGCUCAAUUCAUCUGAUCAUCUUGUUUCCAAAAGUGGAAAUGUCACCUUAGGCUUCUACAAACAAGAGUAUGAUGCAACUUGGGGUGACAAAGGCUUCGGGUAUUAUUUAGCUUUGCGGUACACUGAAGACACGUUAAACCAUCCCAUCUGGUUGGCCAACCGAGACGACCCCAUCGCAGAUGACUCCGGAGUUCUCAUCAUAGACAACACCGGACUCAAAAUUACACACGCCGGUGGGAAUCCUUUCCUACUUUUCUCACUGCAGUCUACCGCUGCCACCAACAUAAAGCUCGUCUUAGAAGAUUCUGGGAAUCUUAUUUUGCAAGAUGAAGACUCUAACGGGCCGGAAAACAGAAUACUAUGGGAAAGCUUUGAUUAUCCAACUGAUACUUUUCUGCCUGGGAUGAAAUUGGGGGUCAGCCGUGGAAGAAACCGGUCGCUUACAUCUUGGUUGACUCAAUCAAUCCCAGCUCCUGGAGCGUUUACCCUGGAGUGGAAUCCUGUAGCAGGGGGGUUAGUUGUUCGGCUCAAAGACAGGGUUUUAUGGACUACUGGUGAGAGUUUUGAAAAUAUUCUCCCCCUGGAUCCACUGAACAUGAACUACAAUUUCACUAAUGUUUCUAACGUUGAUGAGCAAUAUCUUUAUUAUACGCUUCUAAUUGGUGAAUAUACUCCUGAAGAUGGGAGGAAAAACGCAAGGUUGGUGUUGUUGGACGAUGGGAGUUUGGAAUGUGAAAGUAGGUUAUACCUAUUUAAUUCAGGAACUUGUGCCGGUGAUAUCACAGAGAAUGGUUGCGUGAGAUGGGAAGGGCCAAAGUGCAGAAGCAAUGGAGAUAAGUACGAAAAAAUAUCUAUCAUACCUACACAUAAAAAUUCGAUAAAUAAUACACUUCUGGGGAACAAUAGUCUUUCCCUAAACGACUGUAAGGACAUUUGCUGGAAAGAUUGUGGAUGUUUGGGAGUCAACGAACAGAUGGUCCUUGGUUGCCAGUUUCUUUCAGGGCCUUACAUCCAAGGUGGGUUGGAUGCAACUUCAUAUCAAAUCAUAACUCGUCACCGUUCAAAGUCAAAAAGUUGGAUAUGGAUUUUAAUAUCUAUAGCGAUCGCUCUAAUGAUCACAAUACUGCUCGGCAUCCUGUUUUAUUUGAGAAGAAGAAGAAGAACAAGAAUGGAAGAGGAGUUUCUGCUUGAUCUAAUGACAUCAGAUAGAGCAAGUGACAUAAGCGAGCUUCACACUGGAAAUCAUGGUCACAAUCUAAACAUAUAUACCGCAGCAUUUAUCAUGUCUGCCACAAAUUGCUUCUCACCAGAAAAUUUGCUUGGAAAAGGUGGUUUUGGACCCGUUUUCAAGGGGACAUUCCCUGAUGGACAAGAAGUAGCAAUAAAGAGAUUAUCAAGAGGAUCAGGACAAGGGCUUGUGGAGUUCAAGAAUGAGCUCAUACUGAUAGCUAAACUGCAACACACAAAUCUAGUGAGGCUGUUGGGCUUUUGUGUUCAAGGGGAAGAGAAAAUGCUGGUCUAUGAGUACAUGCCUAAUAAAAGCUUGGACUCUUUUAUCUUUGAUGAAUCAAAAAGGAAGCUAUUGGAUUGGAAUAAGAGGUUUAGCAUUAUUGAAGGGAUAGCUCAAGGAUUACUUUACCUUCAUAAAUACUCUAGACUAAGGAUAAUUCACAGAGAUUUGAAGGCAAGUAACAUAUUGCUUGAUGAGAACAUGAAUCCGAAGAUAUCAGAUUUUGGGAUGGCAAGGAUUUACAAAACAAACGAAGCUCAAUCAAAUACUAACAGAAUCGUCGGUACAUAUGGUUAUAUGUCUCCAGAAUAUGCAAUGGAUGGUAUAUUCUCUGUAAAAUCUGAUGUUUACAGUUUCGGAGUGAUGGUGCUGGAAGUCGUCAGUGGCCGCAAGAACACCAGCACUUUUCACUUUGACCGCCCACUUAACCUUGUUGGAUAUGCAUGGGAGUUAUGGAAACAUGGUGCGGCAUUAGAAUUGGUGAAUCCAACUUUAAGCGACUCAUGUUCUAAACCCCAGGUUUUAAGGUGCAUCACUUUGGGUUUGCUAUGCGUGGAGGAUAGUCCACUCGAUAGGCCGACCAUGUCCGAUGUCAUUUCUAUGCUGACCGGAGAAAUGCAACUACCGCUGCCGAAGAACCCUGCAUUUUCCACAGGAAGAAGAAUCAUAGAAACAAACGUGGAGGAGAAGGAGUUUGAAAAUUACUCACUGAACGGCCUAUCCAUGUCUGUGAUGGAUCCAAGAUGAAGCCGAAGAUGAUUAAAAAACAAAGCUUUUUACUCAAGUGUAUGUUUCAUAAGUUUGUUUAAGAAUUCUUAAUCAUGUAUUCAAAGAAUGAAGUAAAGAAUUCCCAAAUUAUAACCAAUCCAUUUCGAACGA